UGUUGAUGCUUGACUUGGGUGACUUAGUGAGCAGAGAGGGCAAGAGAUAGAAGAGUGGUGAGGUGCCAAAUAUGGUGCCAGUAUGACCCAGCUUCUGAUCAGGCCUAAAUAAACUGGACUGCAAACCUACUGCUCCACACUCCACUCUCCUGUGUUCCAGUGCUGUCCAGUCCAAUGGCAAAGCAUGACCCGAAUGAGCCCCCUCCUCCUUACUACUCUGCAUCACUGUAUCCCCAGCCCCCCCUCAAAGUGUAUGGCCUGACCCCCCCCUCUCAGCCUCGCUACAUACCACAGUAUCCAUCUGUCGUGGUUGUGCCUCAAGUCACAACAUUACCUCCCAAAAGAAGAAGCCGUUGUUGCAGGAACAAUGCACAGUGUUACGGUGGAACAGGGGGAGUCCUUCUGGUGCUUGGUCUCCUGGCACUAGCCAUAUGGCUUGGAGUACGGUAUGGAACUAGGAUAGGAUCAAUAUACUACCAUACAGAAGACAAUGACUCUGGGCAUUCUGAUCAAUAUGAUGAUGAUUCUGUCUAUCAACAAAAGCAUGACACUUGCCCCAACACUACUAUCCACUGUGAUGGCAUAAAGGACUGUGUUUUUGGCACUGAUGAAUCAGUAUGUGUGAGAUUUGGUUCUGGCAACACACUUGAGGUCAGAACAGCAGAGGAUGGCCGUUUCUUGCCUGUGUGCGCCAGUAACUGGAAGAAAUUGUAUUCUGAUCAGACAUGUGCCCAGCUUGGCUUUGUAAGCUCUUAUGAGACCACAGCACUAUCAGGAUACACUUCAAAGGCACUUACAAUGGCCAAACAGGACUCCAGUGGGUAUAUCCAGGGACUGGCCAGUGUCACUUCCUCAUGUCCUGACCAACUGGCUGUCUCCCUGCAGUGUCAAGACUGCGGUCGGCAGUCUUCAGUCUCACGGAUCAUAGGCGGGCAAGUGUCUGAAUCAGGCGAGUGGCCCUGGCAGGUCACGCUGCAUUAUAAAGGCUCACAUGUUUGUGGAGGAGUUCUGAUUUCUGAGAUUUUUGUGUUGACCGCUGCACAUUGUUUCCCAAGUACUGACGAGUUCAGUCAAAUUGCUACCAACUGGGCAGUCUACGCUGGAGUGGUGACUCUGGAUAAACUUCCACAACCACAUCAAGUGGCAGUGAUUAUUCUCAGUGAGAACUAUGACAGCAACACCAAUGAUCAGGACAUUGCUCUGCUCAAACUCGCAACUCCUGUGGAAUUCAGUGACACAGUUCACCCGGCAUGUCUGCCCACCUAUGAUCAACAGUGGGCCCAUGGAACUGAUUGCAUUACCUCAGGGUUUGGCACUACUGAUGCAGGAUCAAGUUCUGUCUCAAAUAAGUUAAGGGAUGUGAGUGUGAAGAUCAUUGACACUGAAGUGUGCAACACCCCUUCCUCCUAUGGCGGAAGUGUCACUAAGAACAUGCUGUGUGCUGGGCAUCUGGGUGGGGGCAAAGACUCCUGUCAGGGCGACAGUGGUGGACCUUUGGUCUGCAAAAAUAAUGGGCUUUGGACCUUGGCUGGAAUUACAAGUUGGGGAUCAGGUUGUGGUGAAGCGAAUAGACCUGGUGUCUAUACAAAAGUGACCAGUGCUCUUCCAUGGAUCUACAGCAAGAUGAUGCAACAGAAGUCAUGACCCAUGGAGUUGCCCCAUCUGCUCUAAAAGCUCAAUAUACUAUAUGGGAACUGCGUAUACUGUACUUCUUCUUGGAAUUUUCUUGUUUCAGAUCAAAUCAAGUCAGAUUAUAUCAUCAUACAGUUGUUAUCAUUUAUCUAAUUGUGUUACUUUGAUUGUGUACCUUUUAGUACACAUUCAUCAAAGCACUGACAUUUUUACAUGUGAUUGUAUAUUAUAGAGCUUUUUCUGCCUAACUCUAAAUUCUGAAUGUAUAAUUUAAAGCAGGCUUUAAAUGUGGCAGGAACUAUUCUAUUGUUAACAAGCAAAUCCAACGUCACUACUUUAUUUUACAUUAAAAGGGACAUUUUACUUCAGAGUGAAAUAAAGAGGUGUGACCCUUAGGUCAGUCAGUUAAUUGUUCCUAAUUUUAGGGAAUAUAUGCACCUAAACCUCAUGUUUCAUACUGUGAAUGGUUUCUUGAAAGUCUUGUAAUUUUAUGUUUUUUUUCUAUUUAUCUGCACUUUUAUUAAGUGUAUUUCAAUAAACUGAUCACAUAAACACAAAA